AUGGUCGGGCCUCUCAAGAGGGCUCCUGAUGGUUUCACUCACCUGCUUGUCGUGGUGGGCAAGUUCACCAAGUGGAUUGAUGUGAAACCCAUCACCAAAACCUACUCUUACGAGGCCGUCAAGUUCUUCCUUGAAAUUGUCAACCGGUUCGGUGUGCCCAACACCAUCAUCACAGACAACGGGACCAACUUCACAGGCAAGAAGUUCUUGGAGUUUGCUGGCGCAUACUGGAUCAGGAUCGACUGGGCGUCAGUCGGGCACCCAUGCGCCAACGGGCAGGUUGAGAGGGUGAACGGAAUGGUCCUCCAGGGACUCAAUCCUCGCACCUUCGACCAGCUCAAAAAGUUUGCUAGGUGCUAG